AAAUGCGAGAGCCUCCGCACUUCUCAACCCCUCUACCGUAGGCGUCGCUCCCACUGAUUGUUGAUCCCGAUAUCGCGGGAGUCCUGGACCGCGACACAAACAGCUUUGCCGGUGUUAGCCAGGGCUCACUGAUAGACGAUUUCCAACGGCCCCAACCCAUACAUGCGCGCGCAUGGAAGGCGUACAUGUGAGUGGUGGGGCGGCAAGUCCCACAACGAGCGCAAGGCCUGGCACAGCAGGUGGCAGCUACAAGAGGAAGCGCAACGGUGCUGAGUUCGAAAGCAGUCCUGGCACCGGAGGCGAGGAAGGCGACGAAGAAGAGAACAAGAAGAGGCAGCCCGGCGUGAAGAGAGCCUGCAAUGAGUGCCGGCAGCAGAAAUUGCGCUGCGAUGUUGUCCAGGAUCCGUUCACGACGUGCUCACGAUGCAAUCGAUUGAAGCUCGAAUGCAAAAUCGAAUCAAAUUUCAAGCGCGUAGGCAAGAGGAGCAAACAUGCCGAGAUGGAGAAGCAAAUAGAACGCCUGCAGCACCAGUUACAAAGAGCGCAGGCUCAAGGGUACAUCGUAGAGGAUGACGAGGAGAUGAAGUCGCCCAUGGCGAAUGGGAUGUACUCGAGAGAUAACCAGUCAUAUAUGGGAUCGGACGAGGCUGUGUCCUCUCUCCUACACCUUAAACAAGGCGGAUCAUACAACAUGCCGAGAAUCGUGAGAGAGAUUGAGAAUGUUGGGUUGACAGAAGAGGCUAUCAACCAUCUCUUCAAUGAGUUCUGGUGUUGCUAUCAUCCGUACCUCCCCUUUCUCAACCCCUCACAGGCACCCGAUGUGUACUAUCAACAACACCCACUCUUAUUCUGGACUAUCAUCACAGUAGCUGCUCGCCGCCACACCCUCGAUCCACAUCUCCUAACAAACCUCUCUGGCCCCGUAACGAGGCUACUUUGGACAACCAUUGGGGAGGUACCUAACAACCAUUACGUAGUCAAGGCAUUAUGCUUGAUUUGCACCUGGCCUUUGCCGACGAGCACUACAUCGACAGAUCCCACACACAUCCUGAGUGGUGUUAUGAUGAAAGCGGCGACAGGCAUUGGCCUUCAUCGCCCGAGUCAUACCCAAGACUUCUCGCGCGUCUCCGUGGAUCUUAACAGGGAGCAGUUGCAUGAUAGGGUCGUGACUUGGGCAGUAUGCAAUAUCGUUGCACAGAGUGUGGGCACAGGUUAUGGCCAACCUGCUUCGACUCUAUACGAUUGGACGCUUGCAAUCAGGCCGGGUGACGAUGGGCCGUUUACAUUAUCCCCGGAACUUGAGGCUCGACUUCAGAUUGAACGUUUCUGUGACAAAGUCUCAAAAGAGAUGUACAGCAACGCCAGUGAUCCUCGAGGUGUGGCAGGUGAUGAGCUUAGAGCGAUGUUAACUAGAGUAUAUCGUCGAGAGUUCAACGAACUCAAAGUCUCCAUUCUAUCGCGGCAGGACUUAUCACCUAUCGUCAACCUUCAUCUCCAAGCCGCCGGCCUACACCUGCGCCUGUCCGCAUUCUUCGACUCCAGUACCACACAAGGUUACAUGGACGACUUGAUGGGGUUAUGGCGGGCAGUGCUAGCGUUCCUUGAUCUCGUCUUCGAGCUCGAAACCCCCUCGCCAGAUAAUAAUCUGAGCGGUGGCAUCCUCCGUUUUGCCACAAACUAUAUACGGCAGAUGAUAGUGGCCGCCUGCUUUGCGCUGCUCAAAUUAACCAGCUCAUUUUUCGCUAGAGAAAUUGAAUUUGAGCGCGGGCGUCAACUCUUCCAUCGCACUAUCCAAGCUAUCAGAAGCAUGAGCAUCAUCAGCAAUGACCUCCCGUGGAGGCUUGCCGAACUCAUGGUACAAAUGUGGAAUGGUGCACGUGUGGAAGCCCGUAGCUUACAGGCACAAAGCAAUGCUAAUGGCCAGGAAACGGAGACUGUGAUAGAUGAUAGUUUGCAGCUCAAAGUACGAUGUAGGAUGAGUAUGAGUUUAGUAUUUGACUCUACCUGGAGGUGGCGAGAAGAGUUCCAGGCUCAGGGAAGAGGAAAUCUUGAAGCAGCGACGAAAAAUCCGACGAACCCUGACAGUGCAGCGGAGUCCUCAGCAUCCUCCACGCACCUCGACUCCACAUUAAUGCCUCCUUCACAUCAGCUGCAGAACCAACUCUUGGCAGCAGCCGGAGCAGUGACUCCCAAUCAUGGGUUGUCGUCUAGUAGCAUGAUUGCAGGAAGCGUGGGGUAUAACGAGAGUAACUAUGAGGUUUUUGAUCCGCUGAAUUGGAUGCUGGAUGGGCUGGUCGACUUUCCCUAUUCUUAUGCAGCGGUUCAGGGUCUAGAGGCGAAUGGGAUGGGAUAAUUUCUUGAUACUUUUCCAAGGCUGUGCUUUGCAAAAGAUGA